AUGAAGUCUCUUCAAAAAGCUGUUUGCGAAUUAGCAUUAUCUGAUCUUGAAUUGGCAACAAAUUCUCAGAAAGAUAUAGAUUCGUCUGUACCUUCAAGUACUUGUAAUUUGGAAACCUUAUCAUUAUUCAGUUUAUCACUGUUAUCCAAAUUGAUGCAAAACAUGUCUUAUGACCUCAGAAAUGAAUUACUUGUCGUAUAUUUGAGAUUGUUCGAGAGCUUGGGAAGAAUUGGAGGCUUUAGCACAAUGGUUGGACGACCUCUUCACUCCACAACAGAAUCCAUUUUCCUGGCUUCAUGGCGUUUCUUUUUAACUCGUGGAUAUUGGGAUCAAGGCAUUUUACAACUAACUGGUUAUCUGGAUUCCAACUUAUCCAAAAGCAAAGUACUAGCUUCCGAAAAUUUUGUCACUAGCGAGACCAGUGAAAUUUCCAUUCAUGCAGCGUCCGCAGUGUAUGUUACUGACGUCCUUCUUCAAAGUUAUCUUCUUGAAGGUAACUAUGAUGCUGCUGUGAAACUGCGCAGUCGUGUAAAGCCAUAUUUCAAGGGAAAAUUACUGAAAGAAGAUUUCUCACUAAAGCUUACUUCAACACGUCUUGACUGUAUGAAUAAAUUGUCCAAAUGGACUUCUUCAAAGGAUGUUAGUGAUAAUCGUGAUCCGUCUGAAAUGUUGUCACACAACUUUCUUCAAACGCACCUAAGUAGUUUACUAAUCAAUGCUGUGUGUUCAAUGCGUCAAACUCAAGAUAUAUCCUCACCAAAGUGUUUUUCCGAGUUGAUUUCCAUAAUAAGACAAAGGUCAGCGGCUACAACCUCCCUUCCUUCCAUAAACAUGUUUGCCGAUUAUUAUUCUCAGUCGAAAACUGUUCUCAAUGAUGGCUUACAGGAUUGGUUGGUCAAGGCUCAGUUGUUGAUUACUGAAGAGACAUGCACUUCGUAUGAAAUAUCAGAUCCUUUGACCUACUCAUCAUGGAUGCACGUCGCAUCAUUAAACAAGAAAGCCCACUCUACUUCUGACCUUUCCGCUUGUCAAUGGGCAUGCUUGAAUAACUCUCCACAACUGGCGCAGCGUUUAAUUAUUAAGGCAGCUAACUGUCUUACUCUGCUAGAACACAACGUCUCUCAAGGCAAAGGAAAAACGUCAUGUUUUGAUGAACUUUGUAAUGUGGUUUUGGCCAGUUCCAGCGAUAUGCUGUCUAAACUGUCACGAGUAGAUGCUUUGCAGUUCUAUUACUGCUUGGCUAAAACUCUGUGGCUAUCAUGCAGUGGAACAGAAGAAAAUGAAAAAGAUGGGAAAAUUAAAGCAAUCGCAAUGUUAGUAUCUGCUCUGAAACUAACAUUUCAAAAAGUGGAUUGUAAUAUGUUAAAAACUGCAACUCAGUGUAAUUUGGAAGCUGAAAUGGUUGUAUGCCUCUCCAAGUGGUUAGAAUCGCCGUCCGGUCCCGAUGAUGUCCCAUGGACUGAAAGGAUAUGUCGAGAUUUGACAAGUUCAAAUAUGUCUGAACAAAAGUCGCAAGGAUUGUUAGCCAUUGCAUCAGACCUCGAUAUGUUCAGUCGUUUUUCUGAUGUUUCUUCGCCUAGUGGCCUUCCUGGUGUCACCAAGUCUGUCCGACCUACUACAACAUAUCCUCUCUCAGCGUCCACAUGGCCUAACCGCCUAAUAAUGAUGGCUACUCAUCUAAAUGCAAAUGGCUCAUCUGCAUCUGUUUGGCUAGCGAUGGCGAAUUGGUGCUAUGCUCGAGGUUGUAAAAAAAUCGAUGAGUUUCAGUCAGCUGCAAGAACGUAUAUUAAGGAUCUUAGUGGAAUGUCUCCAAGUCAUCCUGCUGUUCCUGUCCUAUUGAAAUUAGUGCAGUCAACAGAAUAUCCCUUAUUAACUAUGCUAACUGAAAAACUAUGCAUCUCAUCACAAGAAAAUACAAACAAUGAUGAGAAAUCAGAUUCGUCUAUACCAGCACUAAUCAGUGCUUUAGCGACCUUUUUAGCUACUGAGGUUUGUAAUGAAGAUGAAAUGGAGGUUUCCAAACAUCACAACACAUUAAAUAUUCAUCUACAUCAAUUUUCUCCUCAUUGUCCUGAUGAUCAGUUAGAUGGACAGAUACAAGAAAAGUUCUCUUCACAUUUAGUCAGCAUUCUUCCGCAGUUGAAGAAGUCAAAUCUGACUUCAGAUUUAAUCCAACCUCUGCAUCAACUGUUAGUUUCAAUAACAGAACGUCAACAUGCCUUGCAUGUGUCAGCAGCACAAGCUUAUGCCACAUUUCUUACUAUAGUAGAUCAGUCUGGCGUACCUGAAAAUUCGCUCUUUUACAAACCAAUCACCCAAUUAGAUAUCACAACAACAACUUUGAAAUUUCUGGAUUUGUUGUGCUCUCCGUCUCGUAAGCUCAGAAGCAUGAUUUCUGGUUUCCUAGAUCAAGCCAAUCCAGUACUACAGGAAUUCUGUCAAAGUCAUUCUUUGGGUGUAGAUAAGAGUGAACUUCAACAAGCAAAAACAAUUACUUCCAGUUCAACAUUAGGUGGUCCAACAGUCUGGGGAACCUGUUUACCUCAAGUUCUGAUUCAAUUAGGUUUACCGGAUGACAUGAUUCGAAACUGUUUAGUUGCACUACUGAACCGACUUAUCAUUAUUGAUAAAGAAAAUGUUAGUUCCAAAUGGAGUUCUCCGUCUUACCGUCUAGCUGCCCUGCUGGUUUUUCCGGCCGUAGUUGCUGCUUCAAAUCCUGUUACCACAAAUAUUGGACAAAAAUGCAAUUCUCCUUAUUUUACAAACAGUCCUGACCAUACAAGUUCUGUAUGUGCAUCUAUCUUGAAGCCAAAAGUCGAUCCAUCUCAUUCAUUUUCACAAAUAGUAGCAGCUUUGAGAAAUUCAGGUUUAGGUGAUCUUGUUGAACGUGUAGAAAUUUUUACCUAUGAACUACAGCGUAUUACUGUUCUGUGGGAAGAAUUAUGGCUGGGUUCAUUAGUACAGCACUUGGAUGAACUGUCAAAAAAGAUAAACAUUUUGGAGUCGGAACUGAAACGCGCUGAACAAAGUGAUGUAUACAAAGGUGCUAGCUAUUUGAAGGCAUUAUCUAAGCAUGCAUCUGAUGGACUUCUCUCAGAUGAAAACGAAAACACACUUUCACAAUCAAGUGACGUAACCACAGAUGAUACUGUUGCUUCAUUGUCAGUGUAUGAUACUGAAGAUAAACUGGUGACGCAUAAAGAGUUUUCAGAGGCUGUUAUUCUAGCGAAGUAUAUUGCUACACUUCAACCGACUCUUGAUUUGAUAUCACAACUAAAUGCUUUAACCAUGCUCGUGAAACCUGAAACUCCACAUGAAGAAUGGUUCCAAAAGACCUUUGGACAAGCGAUUAACGAACUACAAGAAACCCUGUCACAACCGACAGAUCCUAAAGAUGUGAAUGAACCUAUUUUAAUUAUUCGUCGACUCAUCCAACAGCUUCAAACGUCACAUCAAUCAACAUUUUCUCAAAUUCAUACUGUUUUUCGUGGGGGAGGAGCCCCAGAUAUUGAUAUUAAAGUAUCAAAUAACAAUAUUGCUUACUUACAUCUUCGUCAGCUCAGUCCUCGACUUUCAAACAUGCAUUUCGAAAACUGUAUGAUUUCAUCAGAUAAACUAACCUGCGGCAUCCCACUGCCUGGUCAUUUUGGAAUAGAAGCAUCUCAUUUGGGUAAUAGCAUUACUAUUCUUCCAACGAAAACGCGUCCCAAGCGUUUACUACUUAGAGCACAGAACGGCCGUACGUAUCCUUAUCUUUUAAAAGGUUUAGAAGAUUUACGCCUUGACGACCGUAUAAUGCGUUUGUUUGAGAUUACAAAUCUUGCUGCAGUUCAGUUGUCAUCAGACGGUUCUGGUUAUUGUGAAAAUAUGUUGGCUCGAACUUACUCUGUUACUCCCUUGGGUGUACGCUCUGGUCUUUUGCAGAUGGUACAGGGCGCUGUUCCUCUUUACAGUCUCUAUAAAAAGUGGCAAAUAAGAGCUAAUAAGCUGUCAGCUAAUAAUUCUUACGUGUCUUCCACAACUGUAAUUCCAAGACCUGGUGAAUUGUUCCAUGCUCGCCUGAAAGAAUUGCUGCAUGCGUCCGGUCAGCAAUAUCAGUACCAGUCUCGCUCUCAUUGGCCUUUGGAGACAUUACGAGAAGUCCUGACUUCUUUGGAGGCCGAAACGCCGGCAGACUUGUUAACUCGUGAGUUGUGGGCUUCUAAUCCGUCUUGUGCUAGUUGGUGGAGGGUUUCACGUGCGUUUGCUAAGUCGGCUGGAUUGCUUAGCAGUCUAGGAUAUUUAGUUGGUCUUGGUGAUCGACAUCUUGAUAACCUUCUCAUCGAUCUAUCAACUGGACGUAUCGUGCACAUCGAUUAUAAUGUAUGCUUUGACAAGGGUAAGAGUUUAAAGGUGGCUGAAAGAGUUCCGUUUCGGUUGACAAGGAUUUUGAGACAUGCUCUUGGACCUGCAGCCCAAGAUACAUCAGUGCGGGGAUCAUUCCGGUUUUCAGCAGAGAACGGUUUACAAGCUGCUCGUCAUAUAGUGGAUCCUUUACUAAUACAACUCAAGGCCUUUUUGAUAGAGCCCUUAGUCGACUGGCAGAAUAAGAAACAUUCCACUAAUAAUUCUCAAGUUGUGACUGAUUUUAUUCACUUGUCUGCCUUUCAUGGGGGAGGGAGCACCAGCUCUAGGCAUUACCACUCAUUGUCAACUAACCGACGGCUGCGACGUGUUGAUUCAGAACUUCGUAUGUAUUCAGGUCUACUUACCUUACGACUUGUUGAACUUAGUCACAGUUCAUGUUUGGAUUCAGUAUUUUCUGUUCUGGACUCCCUUAUUUCGCGCUUAGCUGUGUGGACGGAACUAACAAAGGCUCGUCAGCAUGCAUCACUUCUGAAUGAUCGUUACAUAACUUUGCAAAAUGCUGCUCGUGAUGAUUUAUUAUCUUCUGAGCGUCACUGUCAACAAGUGGAACAGAGUGAACGAAAAAUUGAAGAAUUGUAUAAAAAACUUUCUACGCAAAAUAAUUUUUGGAUGGAUGAAGUCUUAUCACACUUUCAAAUUUUAGUCACCUAA